AUGAAGCUGAAGCAGCGGGUCGUGCUGUUGGCCAUCCUCCUCGUCAUCUUCAUUUUCACCAAGGUUUUCCUCAUCGACAACCUGGACACGUCGGCUGCCAACCGGGAGGACCAGCGAGCGUUCCAGCGGAUGCUGUCAGGGCUGCGCGUGGCGCUGGACCCGCGCCUGGAGCACACGCUGCAGUCGCCCUGGGAGAUCGCGGCGCAGUGGGUGGUGCCCCGCGAGGUGUACCCCGAGGACACCCCCGAGAUGGGCGCUGUCAUGCACGCCAUGACCACCAAGAAGAUUGUCAAAGCUGACGUGGGAUACAAAGGGACGCAGCUGAAAGCUUUGCUGAUACUGGAAGGAGGGCAGAAGGUUGUCUUCAAGCCCAAGAGAUAUGCCAGGGAUUAUAUAGUGGAAGGAGAACCCUAUGCUGGCUACGACAGACACAACGCCGAAGUGGCAGCCUUUCACUUGGAUAGAAUCCUGGGUUUCCGCCGAGCCCCACUGGUGGUUGGCAGGUUUGUGAAUCUGCGUACAGAGAUCAAACCAGUGGCCACAGAGCAGCUCCUGGGCACCUUCAUGACUGUGGGCAAUAAUACUUGCUUCUAUGGGAAGUGCUACUAUUGUCGGGAAACGGAGCCAGCAUGUGCAGAUGGGGACAUCAUGGAGGGCUCAGUGACCCUGUGGCUGCCGGACGUUUGGCCCCUCCAGAAACACCGGCACCCCUGGGGCAGGACUUACCGGGAGGGCAAACUUGCCAGGUGGGAGUAUGACGAGAGCUACUGCGACGCCGUGAAGAAGACGUCGCCCUACGACUCGGGCCCGCGCCUGCUCGACAUCAUCGACACGGCCAUCUUCGACUACUUGAUCGGCAACGCCGACCGGCACCACUACGAGAGCUUCCAGGAUGAUGAGGGAGCCAGCAUGCUCAUCCUGCUGGAUAAUGCCAAAAGCUUUGGAAACCCUGCCCUGGAUGAAAGAAGCAUCUUGGCUCCUCUCUAUCAGUGCUGCAUCAUCCGGGUUUCUACCUGGAACAGGCUGAAUUACCUGAAGAAUGGAGUCCUGAAGUCUGCCUUAAAAACUGCCAUGUCGCAUGACCCCAUCUCACCUGUGCUCUCUGACCCUCACCUGGACGCCCUGGACCAGCGGCUCCUCAGCAUCCUGGCUACAGUGAAGCAGUGCACAGACCAAUUUGGGCCAGAUGCUGUGCUGGUGGAAGACAGGAUGACUCUGUCUCACUUGUAA